CUUGCACCUGAGAUAACGUUUACGUGAUAGACAAUGCAAAUCUCCAUAGAAACGACCAAAAUUUUCGAAAAAAAUUUUUCGCGCCAAAAAAUUUCCUUUUGUCUGAGGAUUAGAAAAAGCUAAAGCAUUUCAAGAUUGUGCAAUCGACUUGUGAAAAAAAGCCAAAAAUAGUUCUCCACUUAUAAUAAAUCACCCAGUAUUUGUUUCACGUAUACAUUCAGAUGGUAUUGACCACAUUUAUGCAAUCGGCUUUAAAUCGGGCAAAUGAAUUCUCAAGUUGGUCCAUUCUCUUUAAACAUUUCGAUACUCAAAAAAAUUGGCCCAAUUGAAUAUGUUUGUGAUGCAGAACAUGUAUUGAACGAAUCUACGACCUUUGCAGGCUUUUCAUCCCACAACUAUACAGUGAAAACGUCUAUGCCAUUCAGGGAAGUUGGUGCGAUUUCAUUGGAUUGGCAUGACCAUGUCAGGAUCUAUGGAAAUAUUGACGAUGUUAACAUUCAGACUGCUUAUUUAACUGAAACUACACCAAACCAACCACAUAUUACCAAGAAAUUCUGUAAAACUGAUAUCUAUCCACGAAACCUUGGUGGUAAUUUGGCAAGUACAACCCUUUCUUUGUGUUAGUCGUUAAAAGCAAUCCAGUUGGUUUUGA